UGCGGAUAAAGGCAGAGGCAGGGGUUAGCAGCCCCAGCUUUCUCCAGAGCCUCAAGCCAGCCUGCGGAGCCCACUGCACAGACCCCUAUCCCAGCGUGCCGACAUGCAGGAGAUGGUCGUGAGCUUCCUCGUCCUUCUGGCAGGCCUGCCAGCCCUGGAUGCCAUCAACCCAGAAGAUAAAGACAGCCCUUUCUACUAUGACUGGCACAGCCUCCGGGUCGGCGGGCUGAUCUGCGCCGCAGUUCUGUGUGCCAUGGGCAUCAUCAUUCUCCUGAGUGGUAAAUGCAAAUGCAAGUUUGGCAAGAAGCACAGCCACCGUUCUGGGGAAGUCCCACCUCUCAUCGCCCCAGGAUCUGCCCACCACUGCUGAGGACUCAGCACCCAGAGCAGGGGGGAGAGCGAGUGUGCCUCCUCUUCAGGUCCUGGCUCCACACUCCCCUGGCUGACAGGAGAUGGGGCUGUCCGAGCCUCAUCCCCCUUCCCUGCAGGGGAAUUUCAUUAUUCAUUUUAAUCUGAGCUGAUCUUGCCUCCUCUUCAAACCGCUUUGAGAGCCCUCGGUGUGCACUGGGUAGGGAGUUGGGCGCCGGGGGGAAGUGGGGCAGACACUGAGGGUUGAAGCCACCCCCUGAAUCUCUUUAUUGGGAUCAACCCAAAGCCUGUUCCUUUGUGGCCUGAUGGGGGGCACAGGGUCUGCCAGGUGGCCGUGGGAGUCCUCUCUGCAAUUAAAGUGUUUCAAGUCGCCUGUGA